UUAGUUCGAAAUACGCAAUCGGCAAGGACAGUGCAGACAUUUGAGAAUGAAUUUUACGCUGACUUUAUUUUGCAUAUCUUUAAUAAUUUAUUUUACUGCUGCAGAUGAUUUGGAGUGCUACACCUGCUUUUACAAUGAGGGUCAUCCAAAUUCCGAAUUUAGUUGCCUAGACGAUCCGGCACCUGAAACACUGAAAAAUUGUACUCAACCUGUGAUACCAGGUCUAACCUAUGUAACAAUACCGCAAGUGAUUGUAACAUUGAGCGAGAGGAAAUUUUGUCACACAUACAGUGCUACAUUGAAUGGAAAGUUGAUUGUAAUACGUGGCUGUAGCUUAGAGCUAGAAAAAACAGAUAAAGCCCAAAUUAAUUGCGCAUAUGAUGGGAUUAUAUUAUUUGAUGAUGAAAUCGCAAAAAACGCAUUUGCAUGCUUCUGUUCGGCGAAUAACUGUAAUGGACCAAGCGGAGAACAGUUUAUUACCACGGAAAGAUUUCCACUUCCACAUAAUGCAGCAUCGGUUUAUCGGUUAAGGUCAAAUGUAUUACUCACAGUCAUAAUUUACAAAUUUGUGUCAUACAUCAGUUCUGGGAACCGAAGUGUAUAAACACUG